AUUAAUAUGUGUUUGUUUUAGUUCAUUUUUAUUUGAAGAGCAGUGAACAUUUAAAAAAUAUAUCUUUACCAGAAUUUCACCUCCACCAUGUCAGCAGUGUGUUUCCCAGAGUUUUCUGGAAUGGAUUCUCCCGAGAGCCCCACUCAGUCUCCUCAGUCUCCAGAGGAGGAGGACUGUGAUCUGCUGGAUUCAUCUGAGGAGGAGGAGGGUGGGGUCAUCGAUGAGGAGGAAAAUGGAGAGGUUGUCCAGGAUGAGGAGGAGGAGGAGGAGGAAGGAGAAAUGCAGGGGGUAGGAAGACUAGGGAGAGGUCUGGGGCUGGAGGAGUUGGAGGAGGAGGAGGAGGAUGAUGAUGAUGAUGAUGAGGUGGUGCCAGACUUUGUUUCUGAUCCAGACGAUGAAGAACCUGGAGGAAGUGGUCGAGAGGAGGAGAGCUUUGUGCUGAUGGAGGGAGAUGAAGAUUGUCCUCAGGAUGGCCAGUUGGACGGUGUGGAGGAGGAGGACGAUGAGCAGGAGGAGGAAAGGGUCAUCGAUACUCCACAGUCUCCAGACUCUGAACCAGAACAGGUCAAGAACUUUACUGAUGAAGAAGAGCGAGAAGUAGGAGUCGCUAAGAACAAAAAAAAGUUCUCAGCCGAACCAGAGGAGGAGGAGGAAGAUGAGAGGGUCAGAAUUGAGGAGGAGCAGAGGAGGAGACAAGCUGCUGCUGUGAAGCAGCUGAAGGAAGACCCUACGUCUGUCUCCCGUGAACUCGACGAACACGAACUGGAUUAUGAUGAGGAGGUGCCGGAGGAGCCCAGCAUGCCUGGGAAUGAGGAGGAAGAAGAAGAGGAGGAUGCAGAGGAGGAAGAGGAGGAGCGUGAAGACAAGAGCAGCAAAAAGAAAGAAAAGAAGCCCAUCCUCCCUCCAUCUCCUCAGAACAAGGAGUUUAAACGAGCAGAGGAGUCCCGAGGUUCUGAGAGGACGAACCGAGACAAGAAGAAGGAGGAGGACGACGGAGAAAUUGAUGAAGGAGAAAUUGAUGACGAUGACCUGGAGGAGGGUGAAGUCAAAGACCCCUCAGACAGGAAGAUCAGACCUCGGCCCAUCUGCAGGUUCUUCAUCAAAGGAAAUUGUACCUGGGGCAUGAACUGCCGGUUCAUUCACCCAGGAGUCAAUGACAAGGGCAACUAUUCACUCAUCACAAAACCAGACCUUUUCCCACCCAAUGGAGCGCCCCCUGGAGGACCCCAUCCACUCAUACCUAACAGUCCUUGGACGGGACCUGCAGUGGAGGAGCUCCCUCCACCCCCUCCUCCUGUGGAGCCUCCUGUGGAGAGUGCAUGGGAGCGCGGUCUACGGCAUGCCAAAGAGGUGCUGAAGAAGGCGACCAUCCGUAAAGAACAGGAGCCCGACUUCGAGGAGAAGCGUUUCAACGUGACCAUCGGAGAAGACGAGAGAGAACUGGACAAGGAGAACGACUUCUUCAGAGAACGCAGUUACCGCAUCAUCAGAGAUGAAAUGGACUUCAGAGAUCCAGUCUACAGCGACCCCUACAAUGAUCCUUACUACGACUAUGAAAUGGAGGCGCUGUGGCGAGGCGGGCAGUAUGAAAACUUCAGAGUGCAGUACACAGAAGCUCCACUGCCCUAUCACUAUGGCGAGCGCGAGCGUGAGCCUCAGGAUCGUCACCGCGAAAGGGAGAGAGAGAGAGAUCACCGAGAGAGAGAGCGUCGGCAGAGAGAGCGGGAGCGAGAGAGGGAGAGAGAACGUGAGAAGGAGAGGAUGAGGAGGAAAGAAGAGUGGGAGAGGGACCGGAUAAAGAGAGACGACAAGGACAGGCCCAGGAUGCGUCCUCCUCGAGAAACCAGGGACAAGAAGGAAGAGGACAAGAUGAAGCCUCGGUCGCCUCUCGGCCUUCCACCAAACAGGCCGAUGGAACCGCCCACAAAGAAAGAAGUUCUUCCUUUAAUGCGGAGACCGGACGAGUGGAAGGAUCCGUGGCGUCGGUCCAAGUCCCCCAGGAGACGUCCCGGUCUCGGUUCACCGCCGCGAGGCCGCAGAAGACACAGACCUUCUGGAUCGUCGGUUUCUGUGUCCAACUCCUCCAGAUCUUCGUCCCGUUCUUCGUCCUACACCGGCUCUGGUUCUUCUCGCUCUCGCAGCCGGUCCUCCUCGUUCAGCUCCUACUCCAGCCACUCCUCACAGCACAGCUCCUUCAGCGGCAGCCGCUCCAGGUCUCGCUCCUUCUCCUCGUCUCCCUCCCCAAGUCCGGCAGCACUAAGGACAACAAAGAAUAAACCUGACCUUUCACCUGCACCAACUAAAGGGAUGCCGUCUAAGCCGAACAUGGCUCCGCCCCCUCGCCGUGACAAGCCUCCCACAAAGAAACCUCCCAGUCCUGCGCCACCUACUGGACCAUCAAACAAAACGGCUAAACCCCCACCUGAGGGAGGCAAGCCCCCCACCAAUCCACGGGAGGGCGGAGGAGGAGCAGGCGGCGGGGCUAGCAGUGGUGUUGCAGGAAGAGCGCCCCCACAGAGAGAAGCAGGAAAGGCUCCCAACCCACGGGAAGGACGACAGAAAGAACGACAGCAGCAUCCACCCCGCAGACGAACGGUGAGCGGUAGCAUCAGUGGAAGUGCCAGCAGCUUCACCGGCUCCAGUUCCAGGUCCAGGUCCAGAUCAUCAUCCAACUCUCUUUCUCACUCGCGCUCCGGAUCCAGAAAAUCCAGAUCGUUGAGUGUCAGCAGCGUGUCUUCUGUCUCGUCGGCAUCGUCCAACAGCAGCUCGGUGCGGAGCGCCGACUCAGAUGACAUGUACGCCGACCUUGCCAGCCCAGUCUCAUCGGCCAGCUCCCGUUCGCCCACGCCUAAUCAUACCCGUAGAGAGCGAGGAAAUGUAAGAGAGCAGUUGCCGCAUGGACGAGACAAGAACAGAGAGAGACCUCCAAAGAAGGAUGAGCCUUUCCGCGAUGAUCGAAGGAGGGUCGACUCGUUCGGUGCACCCCCAAGAGGAGGCAACACCAUGUCUCGAUCUGGACCUGGAAACAGGGGUGGCCACCCGGGCCAUCCUCCUCCAGGAAACAUGGGUCCCCCUGGGAACUAUGGCGGCUCAGGUUCCCAUAAAGACAUUAAACUCACCCUCCUCAACAAGCAGCAGGCGGAAAAGGGCAACAGGAAGAGGUACCUGCCGUCAGACAAAGACAGACCACCUUCUCCUCUCAGCAAGAGAAUGGCCAUGUCUCCAGACAGAGGUCGUGACAAAAGGUUACUUGGUCGACCCCCGCUUUCUCCUCGAAUGGAGCGGCCCAGAGGUCAAGGGCCAAGACCGCUGCCCCCCCACCUGGACAGGAAACGUCCUUUGUCUCCGCCCCCUAAAUCCUCUGGGAAGAUGGCGGCUCCACCCUCGCACUCAGCUAAACCCACUGCCCCCAGCUCAGCGCCAUCAGCAGGCUCAGGCUCCGCCUCCAAACCGAGCAACACACUUUCACGGCGGGAGGAGCUUCUGAAGCAGCUGAAGGCGGUGGAGGACGCCAUCGCUCGCAAACGAGCUAAGAUUCCUGCAAAGUAAACAAAAAGCGGUGGCGUUGGCCUGUUUUAGCGCCUGACCAGCCGACGCAGCGAGAGGCACGUCAAGGGGGCGGAGCCUUCUCCUGUCAGUGGACGUGUAGAAAAAAAAAAAAGAACAAAAAUCUUUGGUUCAUUCUGCCACAGAAAUAAAAAGUCAACCUUCUGCUCGUUUGUCGACUUCUUUGUGCCACGGUGUCAACCCCGCCCCUCAGAUUGACCUCAUCUGUGAGGGGGGACAGAAGGAAGUGUUUGUCGACGUCUCAGGAACUGAGUGACAAAAUCCAUGAGACCUGCCACGCUCUGUUCUCACUCUGAUCUGAUUCAAUUUUCUUCUCCAAGCCCCGCCCAUCGUCCUCUCAGCCAAUAAAAUGUUAGCCGUCACUUGUCACCGUGACCUCCGACUCCUCGCCUCCGUUCCUUAGACCCUGGAGCGGAGGAGCCGAUCAUGAACAGCAGAGAAACUUGUACAAAACUUUUGAGAUUCUUUUAAAGGUCGUCUGAAUUGUAGUGUUGUGGAUUUUUCUUUUCUUUUUUUUUUAAUAAAUCUGCAGCUUUUUUUUCUCUGCUCCUGUGAUGAAGCUUUUAUUUGUGUCACUCUUUGAGUUUGAUCUGGAACGGGACGUUUGACGACACGAAGUUUCCUCUGUGACCAAAUAAACUAUUUUGAUAAAACAG